AAUCGCACUUACAACCCUUCUCCCUUCUCCGUUCGGCCCCCGACCAGACCAGAAAGGAAGAGCCUUCCGUCUCUCCGCCCCAGCCUCAGCCCCCGCCCCCGCUGCGCGCGCCAUGGACUUCUCGGAGCAGGACGCUGACGCCUUCGGCGAGGACUACGACGUCCACGACGGCGGCGCCGAGGCCGAGGCCGACGGUGGCGGCGGCGACUCGUCGGGUUCCUCUUCCCCGUCCUCAUCCUCGUCGUCCUCCGCCGCCGCGUCCUCCUCCUCCUCCAGCGGCGCCUCCAGCCGAAGCAGCAGCGGCGACGGCGAGGGCGAGGAGGGCGCCGACGAGGGGGACGGCGAGGAGUACGAUUCGUCCAACGUCGUGGCGACGAGGGGUGCCGGAGCCGGCGGGUACCGGGACGAGGAGAGGGGAGAGGACGAGGAUGUAGAGGAUGAGAGGGAUUUGUUCGGCUCCGACAACGAGGAGUACGUCAGGACCCCCGCGCGCAGCAACUACCUGGUCCCAGUGCUUCCUGCAAUACGGAACACUAACAAUCAUUCUCGGGGAGGCUUCGGAGGACGAGGAGGCAGAGGUCCACCACUUCUUCCGAGACCAGGAGGCCAUCCAGGGCGACAUAACUUUGGCUAUGGGAGGUUCUCACAUGGAAAUGGGCGUAACGUUGAAGGUUUUGUUUCAGAAAUGAAGCUUAAUAAGAGUGAAGAAACAUUAUCUAGAAAGGCUGUUGCUUUUCAGGAGCCUUGUGAGAUUUCAUGCUUAAGCCGUGUUGAGGGUGGGGAUGUGUAUUUUGAUGAUCGCAGCUUGAGGCUUUUCAAACGUGAAAUUUGUGACUAUGUUGGUGCGGAUCUCAAUAAAGGAUUCGAAUCAUUUAUAGAGAAGAGAGAUUUGGGUUCUGAAGGAUUUGGCGAUCUUCUUGCAUGCAUAAGACACUCGAACAUACCUCUUCAGAAUAAUAUACAUUUUGUGACAUACCGCAACAAUCUUAACAAGAUAUUGGCCACUGCUUACCUAAGAGAACCAUGGAAGAUGGGCGUGCACAAAAGAGGUAGUGUCGUAUACCUUGAUGUUCAUAAGCUCCCUGAAAGACCAAAAAGUGAGGUGGAGCGCAGGAGAUGUUUUUGGGGCUAUUCUUUUGAAAACCUUGCCACUGAGAACGGCGAGGAUGGAAGAGGUAUUGAUGCAAAUGUAGAGUUCUGUUCUGUAAUAAAGACAAAACUGGGUGCACAUCGCAUUAUCAUGGGUGCUGAGAUGGACUGCUGUGAUGCAACUGAUGAUGGCAGACGGUUCUAUGUAGAGUUGAAAACAAGCAGAGAGCUGGAGUACCAUACAGUGGAAGCAUAUGAGAAAGAAAAGCUACUUAGGUUUUGGAUUCAAUCAUUCCUUGCCGGUGUUCCUUAUGUUGUUGUGGGAUUCAGGAAUGAUGCUGGCGUACUUGUACGAACUGAAAGACUAAGAACCAAAGACAUUACACAAAAAGUGAAGGCAAAGAACUACUGGCAGGGUGGCGUCUGCCUGGCCUUUGCUGAUGAGGUCUUAUGCUGGCUGUAUGGUACUGUCAGAGAGAAUGAAGACUACGUUCUGCAAUUUGUACAUCCAUUUAAUCGCUUGGAACUUCUACGUGCCCAGUCUCCCUGCCCCGAAGCCAUUACAUUGCAUGUGCAGCAGCUCUCGGGUUCUGCAGACUAGAUUCAUCUAUAGACAUAACUUUGGCGACGACAACUGCUUUUGGAGAAAGAUCCGCAGGCUCCAGUUUUAGCAGUGUUGCGUCUUACAACGGUUGAGCUGAUAACAUAGCCUACCCCAGUUACCAAGUGAGUUGAGCUGAUGCAUCAAGGGCUGACGACACCCUGUGAUACGUAGUUGAUCACUGGUAGCGGCUACAUUCAUGGUUUACUCUUUGAUGGCCAAAGAGAUUUUGAACCAAUCAAGCAACAUUGUACUUCGGUUGUAACAUUAAGUUAUAAAUCAAAAUUUGAAGAGCUGUAGUGACUAGUUCGCGAACCAGCUAUGUAAACUCUAUCAAUGAUGAUAGGAAUGCUGAAGAUCGAAAUUGCCAUAGUCCUGUGAAGUCAUGUAAACAGAAAUUUUCAUAUGUUAGAGAGUUCAAACAAUAAAUGACACAAAUAAUUAUUGAAAUGGUGCGUGGCUGUCGCCUGUGGCCGUGGAUGGUUUUAUGCUU